AUGUCUUCGAAACGUAUUAAUAAAGAAUUAGCUGAUUUAGGAAGAGACCCCCCUUCAUCAUGUUCCGCUGGUCCAGUAGGUGAUGAUUUAUAUCACUGGCAAGCUUCUAUUAUGGGACCUGCUGAUUCACCAUAUGCUGGAGGAGUUUUCUUCUUAUCAAUCCAUUUCCCAACUGAUUAUCCAUUCAAACCUCCAAAGAUCGCUUUUACCACUAAAAUUUAUCACCCAAAUAUUAACGGUAAUGGUAAUAUCUGUUUGGAUAUAUUAAAAGAUCAAUGGUCUCCAGCUUUAACCAUUUCUAAAGUCUUAUUAUCAAUCUGUUCAUUAUUAACUGAUGCUAAUCCAGAUGAUCCUUUAGUUCCAGAAAUCGCUCAUAUUUAUAAAUCAGAUAGAGCUAAAUAUGAAGCUACUGCCAAAGAAUGGACUAAAAAAUAUGCUGUAUAA